GACCCUGCAGUGGUGUUGGAGGACAGGGAGAACAACGCACCAUUGCCUACCUGAGCUGGGCUCGGCUGUAGUGAUACUUCCGAGAGUGUAACAACCCUCCAGGCAGCUGCCUCAGAAGAUGGAAGAGAAAAGAAGUAAGCUUAAAAAAGUACCGUGGGACUGCGUGGAAGUGGAGGACCUUGCCAGUUCCAGGGAGGACAGGAUUGAAGGUGAUUUGAAGACAUUUUGGACACAAAUGGGGGAUGGAAGAGUGGACAUCAUAUUUGAGCAGGUGCAAAAUGUGCUGCUGUUGCUAAAGCAAAAGAUCAAGAAUGGAACUGCCACAGACCAAGAAUGCUGGCAGGCCUGGGCACUGGUGAAUGAAGCUAAUCUAGGUGAUCUCUUAACAAAUGUAAGUGAUGUGUUUGAUGGAGAUGGCAUAGAGGGAACCAAACCCAAGUUGCAGCAUCUUACAGAUGACAACACUGUAAACUCUGUUGAAGGUUCUCAUAGUAGAAAGGAGGAGAUGGCAAAAACGGGUUCAAGGAGUAAAGAGGAGUCUAGUAAAUGUCAAGAUUCACCUUUAAACCUGAAGUAUCAGAAUCAUCAGUGCUCUAGUGCUUGUCUUGCCAACAAAGCAGCAGGUUCCUUCAAGGGCGAAAAUCCUCUUAAGAUACCAAUCCUGUUUCACUUUCAAAGACGCCACGCAAAAGCAGACUGCCUUUCUAAAUCACUGGAUGUGACCUAUAAAGCUCCUUGUGGUCGGAGUCUGAGAAGCUUUCAAGAUGUGCAAAAUUAUUUGUUUGAAACAGGGUGCAAUUUCUUAUUUGUUGAUCACUUCUCUUUCAACACAUACGUACUGUUGGGCAGGAACACCAGGAAUCCUGAACCCCUCGUGUUUGAUUUUGACAUUAGCAAUGGGGCUGAGAUUGUGCCCAUUUCCUUCUGUAACGAUCUUGACCGUGCAAGAUUACCUUAUUUCAAAUACCGGAGGGCAUCGUGGCCACGUGGAUACUAUCUCAACAAUUUCUCCAGCAUGUUUGUUGAUUCAUGUGACUGUACAGAUGGCUGCAUUGAUAGGUCAAAAUGUGCAUGCCUACAGCUAACUGCAAGAGGCUGUAGUAAAAUUUCUCUACUUCUAAGUAGUAAAACAUCCCAUGGGUACAGUUACAAACGACUGGAGGGACCUGUGCCUAGUGGAAUUUAUGAGUGUAGUGUGUUGUGUGGGUGUGACAAGAUGAUGUGUCAGAACAGAGUUGUACAGCAUGGCAUUCAAGUCAGGUUGCAAGUGUUCAACACAGAGAAGAAAGGCUGGGGCGUCCGCUGCCUAGAUGAUAUCGACAAGGGGACGUUUGUUUGCACUUACUCAGGCAGAUUAAUGAGCAAAGCUGAAGAUCAAGUAUUGAGACAUACUGGUCAAGAGCUGAAAGAGAAGCAUGCUGUGAAUGACAGAGGCCAUGGGUUUUCUUCCAAAAAAAGGAAAUUUGACACUGAUCUUUCAGACUCUGAAACUGAACUGGUGCAGACUGGCAAAAGUGACAUUCUUGAGAAGGAGGAACCUCUGUCUCAGAUAGUGGAUAACAAAAAAAAAUCAAUUCUAGUUCAUCGAAGGAAUUCAAGUGUCACAACCACAAAGCUUGGAACUAGAACAGUUGCUUUUCAUGACCACCAGCUUAAAAUGGAAAUUGAUACACUGUUGCACAGUGCCAGCUCAGAUGAAGAUAAUAGUUCUCGGAUUCAUCAGUCAAGCAAAGCAAAACUAACCAGUGGAACAAAGAAAGGAAAAGAAAAAUCCGAUCAGCAGGAGAAGGAAGAGCAUCUGAUAGAAAUUGGAAGAACUGAAUCUGCUGAUGUGGACAAAGCAGAAUGCAAAAGAAAGAGUCUGUCUCUGCAGGGUGGUGAUUGUGGCAAGUCAGGUGUGCUGGGUGACACAUGUGUUGUGAGGCCAUCCAAAAACGUACCGCUAAAAAUUGACUGCAAGGAGGAAAAUCACAGGUGGUCAAAACACGCUACAAUUUGUGAGGAGUCUGGUAAGGACAGGAUGCUUCUGGAGAACACUAAUGAAAAGAAUAUUUAUAUACUGGAUGCCACAAAAGAAGGAAACGUGGGUCGUUUCCUCAACCUGCCCGACAGCGGCCACUGGGAGCGCUGGGCGUGGGCAGCGAACAGUCGAUCCCCGACCACCCGGCACGCCAGCGCGGGGGGAAACGCUCAUCUCCCCUACCAGGUGACAGGCAGCGGCGCGCCCCAACCCCAAGCUCUCCUCCGCGCCGGAGCCGCAGCCAAUCAGCAGCGGGGAGGAGGCACCAAUCGGAACCAUGCUCCUUGUGACCCGGGCGCGUGCGCCCUGAGCGGGCUCCGCGCCGGCGGCGGCCACGCCUAUUGCCGCGCGGGAGAGCUGGCAGGAGUAGAGAAGUGGUUGACAAGACGGGUCAAAGAUGUGGAGUGGCUUCUGUAUGAGGAGCAGUUAAAUGUUUCAGAUUCAUCAACUGGAAGUAGAGACAGUAGAGCAGAUCUGUGUUGUCACAAGUGUUACUGGAGGAGCCUUGUCAGACAGAUUCUGGAGAUUCUGGAGUGUCAAGUGGAGUGUAUGACUGGUGGUCUUAAGACCUGUGAAAGCAAGGAGCUUUUUAGUCAAGAUGUUUUCCAGAUAAUGGCAAAGAUGGUGAGAAGAACGUGUGCAUUUUGCCCAGAUGGGGAGUCUGGUUCUGUUAUGUAUAUUGCCAAGGACCGAAGUAUUGCAGCACAUCAGAAUUGUCUGUUAUUUUCCUCAGGAUUUGUGGAAUCUGAAGAAUAUAACCCAGAUAAUCUGGAUAUAAGGUUUGAUGUGGCAUCAGUGUUGAAAGAACUCAAGAGAGGAAGGCGGCUGGUGUGCAGCUUCUGUCGCAAGAAAGGAGCCACUGUGGGAUGUGAAGAGCGAGCCUGCCGCCGAAGUUACCACUACUUCUGUGCGCUCUGUGAUGAUGCAGCAAUAGAAACAGAUCAAGCAAAAGGAAUCUACCGAGUGUUCUGCCCAAAACAUGACCCAGGCAAUAGGACCAAUAACUAUGAUGCAGCUAACAAGAGAAGACGACAUGCAUUGAAUUCUUCCUCCAUCAUGAAUCAAAUGGGCACAGAGGAGACAGCAGAAGAAAGCAGUUUACGAAUACUGAAAAGGAAAAACAACAGGCAUCAAGUCCAGAUAGACUUUGUUAGGAAAUGCAAGCAAGCUGGGCUACUGGAUGACAUCUUUGAAGAAAUGCUGGACACCCUUCACCUGGCACAGGAGAAACUGAUGGAUGACAACACUUCAGAAACAGAGUAUGAAGAGACAGUGAUGUCACUCUUUGACUGUGGACUGUUUGAAAACGUACUCACAAAUAUUCAUUCAGGAACAGAGUUAAAAAUCCAGGAACUUCUGGAAAGCAGAAAAAGACUGGAUAACAAGAUUGAGCUACUGCAGGACUUAAAAGAGGUCGUCCUUCCUCCCCCAGAGAGCACCGCUAGUACAUCUAGUACAGCGUCUGAAUAACCCUUUCUGUAAUGGUGUCGAUAUUUUUCUAAUGAUAGAACCCAUUGAGCACAUCUGGUUGGUGUCUUCAGUAAUUCUUCUCCUCUCCUGCCAAGGACACAAGCAAGGACUGGGUGUUCUACUCAUUUUUAUACCUCACAGUUGCAAUAAUUUUAAGUUGUCCCUUAAAAUUUAACAAUGGAUCAGUGAUUGUUAUACACCAAUUCUGGCUUUUUUUUAAAGCCCAGCAAGACUUUUAUUCUCAAAGAUAAGGGAGCAUCAGCUGCCACACAACACUUGCUAAAGUCAGUUUAACUAUGGGAGCACUUUUCUGACUGGGCAGGUUUUAACGACCACAAUGCUGCUUUGGCUUUCCAAAGAAGAUAAAUUAGUGGAACUUGCACUUAAUUCGGAAGGCUUCUGAAGUAUGAACGGGAUUUUUUUGUUGUUGUUGUUGUUGAUUCGUGAUUGACUGCUUCAUGUAUAACUAGUUCUGCUGUAAUGGCAGUGAUGAAACAGUGUUUGCAGGCAGACCAGAAAUGGUUGAGCAUCAUACUCUAUACAACACGUAAAAUGGAUCGAACAGCGGACUGCAUCUUCCUUUCUCCAUUA